UUGUUUUGUUUUUUGGUAGAAUUUCUAAAUUUUUUUCUGGUUUUUCCCGGAUUUUACCUAACAACAUAUCAUCAUAAUUUUUUUCUCCCUAAAUAUUUUAAAGAAAAUGUUUGCCAAAUUACGUAAAACAAUGAAAUAUGAAUUAAAUCAUGGCCAUAUUCAUCAUGAUGAUAAUGAUAUGAUGAAAAAUUCAUCCACAAAUAAUCAUUGUAAUGGUCAUUUAAAUCAUUCAAUUAAUACGAUAUUAUCACCAACAUUUACAUCAUCAUCACCAUUACCAUCAUCAUCAUCAUUAUCAUUAUCACCAAUAGCCGUACUAGUCGAAUCGGUUGCAUUCAAUUAUAAACGUAAUGUUCCUUUACUAAAAGAUAUUUCUGUUCAUGUUCCAAAAGGAUGUAUAUAUUCAUUACUUGGUUCGAAUGGUUGUGGUAAAACAACCUUAUUAAAUAUAUUACUUGGCCGUAUACGACCAGAUCGUGGUAAUGUUCGUAUAUUUGAUCGUCAACCUGGUUCAACAUUAAAUCAUCAUAUUGGUUAUAUGCCACAAGAAUUAGGACUAAAUCCAUUAUUACAUAUUGAAGAUACAUUUUAUUAUUAUGCACAAGUUAAUCAUAUAAAAGAUAGACAAUUUAUACAGGAACAGAUACGUAUAUAUUUAGAAAUGUUAGAACUUGAAGAUCCAAAACAACGUGUUGGACAAUUAAGUGGUGGCCAAAAACGUUUACUUUCAUUGGGUGUUACUUUGAUAUAUAAACCAAGAAUAUUAUUUUUAGAUGAACCUACUGUUGGUAUUGAUUCAUUGAUUAGGAAUAAAAUUUGGACACAUUUACGACAAUUAUGUUUAUUAAAUGAAACAACCGUUGUUAUUACAACACAUUAUAUUGAUGAAGCAAAAAAUUCUGAUCUUGUUGGUUUUCUUCGCGAAGGACAAGUAUUAGCCGAAGAAUCACCCGAAUUAUUAAUGCAAGCAUUAGAAUGUAAAACAUUGGAACAGGUAUUUUUACGAUUAUGUUUUGAAAAAAUUGAUCGUUAUCAAAAACUAAUACAACAAUAUCGAAAAUCAAUUGAUUCCUCAAAUAAUAAUAAUAAUAAUGAUAAUACAUUUCCUGAUCAAUAUGAUGUUGUUGAUGAUAAUAAUAUUAAAACGACAAAAAAUUCAAAUGGUGUUAUAUUACAGCCAGUAAUGUUUAACAACAAUCAUCAUAAUCAUCAUAAUGAUCAUAUUGGUAAAGUUCAGGAGAAAAUAUUUGCCUGUUCUAAUCAAUCAAUCAAUUGGGAUCAUAUUAAUGCACUUAUGUAUCGUGAAUGGUUCUUUUUCACACAUAAUAUUCCAUUAUUUUUGGUUUAUUUAUUGAUGCCAUUAUUGACUGUUUAUCUAUUUGAUUCAAGUUAUGGACGUACACCACAAAAUGUACCGAUAGCAAUUUAUAAUGGUGAUGAAAGUAAUUUUGAUCCACAUCUUUCGGAUAUUUUUUUACAAGAAUUUAAUACCAGUAUGGUAAGAAUGACAUUUUAUAAUAGUGAAUUGGAUGCUGAAAAAUCCGUACAAUUAGGACAAAAUGUAAUGGCAAUAGCUUUUCGUUCAAAUUUUUCAUCAAAUAUUGUUGCACGUUAUUAUGAAUUUCAUUCAUUUGUUGAUCAGAAAAAAGAUGAUUUAACAUCAGUCAAUGGUUCAAUGUUAUUAUAUAUUGAUCAUUCAAGUUUACUUAAUGUACGUUAUGUAAAUCGAUCAAUAUUAUUAUCAUUUCAACGUACUGUUGAAAAAUUUGGUGAAACACGUGGUAUUAAUCCUCAGAUAUUUUCAUUACCAAUUGAAAAAGCUGGCUAUAUUUAUGGUGUUUUGGAACCACAUUUUCAAGAUUUAUUUACACCCGGUAUUAUUAUUAUUACAUUAUUGGCAAUGAAUGCUGUAAAAGCGGCAUUAGAAAUGAUUUAUUUACAUCAAAAUGGUUGUCUUAAACGUGAUUUAAAUCAAGGUGUACGACCAUUAGAAAUGAUAUUUACAUUUACUAUUUCAUCAUUAGUAUCAAUAUUUUGGCAAUCACUUAUUACCUGUAUAUUUACCUAUGGUAUAAUGGGUGUACAAUUGGAUGGAGAUUUUUUAGCCGCAUUCAUUUUAGUAUUUAUAACAGCAUCAGAAGGUUUAUUUAUUGGAACAUUAUUAUCAGUUAUAUUUCCCGAUCAAAUUAUAUCAAUGCUACUUUGUUUCACUGCAUUGGUUAUAAUGUUUUUUACAUCCGGUACAUUAUGGCCAUUAGAAGGAAUGUCAUUAACAUUACAAAAAUUAUUCAUGAUUAAUCCAAUCGUAUUACCAGUACGUUCAUUACGUUGUAUAAUGUUACGUGGAUGGUCAUUUAUAAAUUUUACCGUUUUAAUUGGUUAUAUUGUUAGUUUUAUGACAUCAUUAAUAUUAUUCAUAUUAUCGGCAUUAUUUUUUCAUUAUCUUAAUGUUCAAAUUACAUAAUUAUUCAAUUCUAUGUUUUUUCUUCUUUUCGACUCUCUCUUUCCUUCCUUUUUUUUCCGUGAUAAUCAAUAAUGAAUUUUUUUUUCUUUCACUGAUCAUUACCAUUUGUAACAUUGUGUAUGGUGUGUAUUUACUAUUUUAUAUAUUAUAAUAGGAUUCAAUUUGUACUUUUUGUUUUCAACUGGAUAAAAAAAAACUCAACUGAAAUAAAUCAAUUUUUCAA